UCAUCUCAGUAGUAUACACCAAGCACACAUACACACAUAGAUGGGGAGCCUGGGUAAGGAGGAGAGCAUGCAGGUGAGAAGGAGGGCUGCGGGCGGCGCCUCUAUCCUGGCCAUUGGGACGGCCAACCCAAGUAACGUGGUGGAGCAGAACGCGUUCCCGGACUUCUACUUCCGCGUCACCAACAGCGACCACAAGCAGGGCCUCAAGGACAAGUUCAGGCGCAUAUAUAUUUCGAGUCCCGUAAUCCUACGUUCCGAACAAGGGCUUACCAAGAAGAGACACCUGUAUAUCGAUGAGGCGAUGCUCGCUGCUAAUCCUGAGAUGACCGCCUACAUGGCCCCAACCCUGGAUAUGCGCCAGGAAUUCGUUUCCGUGAAGGUUCCGGAACUUGGUGCCGCUGCGGCCACCGCCGCUCUCAAGGAGUGGGGCAGACCGGCCGAGGAUAUCACGCACCUCAUCGUUGGCUCGACGAGCGGCGGCAGCGACAUGCCCGGCGCCGACUACCAUAUCGUCCGCCUACUGGGCCUGUCCCCCUCCGUCCGCCGCGUCGCCCUGUACCACCAGGGCUGCUUCGUCGGCGCCGCGGCGCUCCGCCUGGCCAAGGACCUCGCCGAGAACAACGCCGGCGCCCGCGUGCUCGCCGUAUGCGCGGAGACCAACGUCAUGUACUUCCGUGGCCUUGAUGACGCCCAUUUCGAUAACCUUGUCUGCCAGGCGCUUUUCGGGGACGGGGCGUCGGCCGUCGUUGUCGGAGCCGACCACGUCGUGGGGAAGGAGAAACCGCUCUUCGACGUCGUGCACGCCACGCAGUGCCUCAUACCGGAGACGGGCGGCGCCAUCCAGGGGCUUCUCAGGGAAGUCGGCCUCACGUUUAGUCUCAUUAGCGAGGUACCGUCGCUGAUCGGCAAGAACAUCGAGGCUGGCCUCCGGGAGACGCUCAGCGGCGGAGCCGUAGUCGAUGACGACCGUAACUCGCUAUUCUGGGCGGUGCAUCCGGGUGGCCGGGCCAUCCUUGACAAGGUGGAGGCGGCGCUGGGGCUGAAGCCGGAGAAGAUGCGGGCGUCGCGCAAGGUGCUGUCCGAGUAUGGGAACAUGGGCAGCGCGUGCGCCUGGUUUGUCCUCGACGAGAUGCGGCGGUGGUCUGCCGCUGAGGGCCGCCGCACCACCGGAGAGGGAUGCGAGUGGGGCGUGCUCUUCGGCUUCGGCCCAGGGCUCACCAUGGACACUGUCUUGCUGCGUAGUGCGCACAUAUAGCUACGCCUACGCGCGCACGUACAUCUGUCGUCCUUCCAUGCUGAUAUAUGCAUGAACAUAUUUGUGCUUCAAUGUUUCUUCCUCCUACAUGAUACGUGUUUCAUUUAAGAAAUAAGACGAACUGUGUUCAGAUGUGUCACGGUUAUUAUUUGUGAAAUGAUGAAUAAUUAAUUUUUAUGUGUU